AUGUCCUCCGCUCCCACUAAGAAGGAAUUCCUCUGCAUCCUCCCGGAUAAGCCCGGCGCGCAGGCCAAGCGCCUCGAGGUCCGGCCUGCUCACCUUGCCGGUGUCAAGCCUGCCGUCGCUUCUGGCUCCAUCGUCGCUGGCGGCGCCAUGCUCGAGUCCCAUCCCGCCGAGGGCGAGACCCCGUCUUUCAAAGGUAGCAUGAUGCUCGCGGUGGCUGAGAGCGUGGCUGAGGUGCGCGCACAGCUGGAGAAAGAUAUCUACGCUACUAGUGGCGUGUGGGAUAUGGAGAAGGCUCAGAUUAUUCCGUUCAAGUCGGCUGUGCGUGAGCAGUUGAAGCUGUGA